AUUUGGCAAUGACGUUUGCGAAUUGUGAGUUGUGACUUGUGACAGCGGGAAAUAUUAAAAAAUGAAUACACAGAAUUUGUAGUUGAAACAUUUAAUUAUUGUAGUUUUGCGUUCUUCGUUGGGCCUGCGACAUAUUACAACAUUAUAAUAAAGAGCUGACUAAAGGACUUAUCGCGUUUGUCAAACUUUGAUUAGUUUUUAGUUGCUCCCAACACAGCAAGUGCCGACAAUUUUUUUUGUAAAUAAUUUGAAACUACACUGUAUAACGUAUGUUUCAUCUAUUUUAGAAUAUUUGUAGGCAGAUAGUAUCUCCUGUCGUCUAGUUUAUUAGAAAAUGAGUCUCGAAUCCAUAAGGUACAAACGCGGAAGUUUAGAGGUAUUGGAUCAAUUGCUUCUUCCUUUACAAACGAAGUAUAUUAAAAUUGAAGGUGUGGAAGAUGGGUGGAAGGUUAUAAAUAAAAUGCAGGUGCGAGGCGCCCCUGCUAUAGCUAUAAUAGGCUGCUUAUCUCUUGCCAUAGAGCUCCUCAAUGAUAACAGCUCAGACAAGAAAGUUAUGAGACAAGAGAUAGAAGGCAAACUCAAUUAUUUGGUGUCGGCGCGAACAACAGCUGUGAACAUAAAAGUGGCAGCCGAUGAGCUGAUAAGCUUGGCCAAUUCGCUGAGUGCUGAUGAGUCUGUAACACCUGAGGAAUUUAAAGAGAGAUUCAUAGCGAGCAUCGAGGGCAUGCUAGCCAAGGACAUAGAGGACAACAAAGCGAUAGGCAGAAACGGGUGCGAGGCGAUACUGAAGAGCUUGGAGGGGGACGGGCUUGUGAGGGUGCUCACGCAUUGUAACACUGGCUCGUUGGCCACAGCGGAGUAUGGGACUGCUCUGGGGGUUAUACGGUCGUUGCAUGCUGCUAAACGAUUGGAACACGUAUACUGCACGGAGACGAGGCCGUACAAUCAAGGCGCGAGGCUAACCGCCUAUGAGCUAGUUCACGAGAAGAUACCAGCCACCCUCAUUGUGGAUAGCAUGGUGGCUGCGCUGAUGCAUGUUAGGAAUAUUGGCGCGGUCGUUGUGGGGGCUGAUCGGGUGGCAGCGAACGGGGACACAGCAAACAAAAUAGGAACGUACCAAAUAGCGAUAGUAGCGAAAUACCACAAUGUGCCUUUCUACGUGGCCGCUCCGUUUACUUCCAUAGAUAUGAACAUUUCUUCCGGAGAUCGGAUCAAGAUUGAAGAGAGGCCGGAGAAUGAAAUGACACAUAUUGGUGAUAGGAGGAUCGCUGCACCAGGCAUCAACUGCUGGAAUCCAUCCUUCGACAUUACACCUGCUUCUCUGAUCACUGGCAUUAUUACGGAAAAGGGUGUCUUCCCUCCAGAAAACCUGAAGACAUUAUUUGCUCAAAAAUCUAAUAGGCCUAUUGUUUCAUAAUUAUUUAAACGAACAACUGAUAAACUAUAAGUUCCUCAUAAAAUGAAUGUAAACAUAAGAAAAUUGUAUUUAUAAGGCUUUUAUAACUUUUGUAUGAAUGUAGUAAGUGCUAAAAUAUCGAGAUUUGUUUUGAUGAUACUAUUGUUGAUUUAUGCAUAUAUGCAUGCAUCUGCCAAAUUUAAAACAUGUAAUGUUAUUCGUGUACAUAUUUUUGUGUAACAAAUAAAUUAAGCAUAAAAUUUAGUUUGGUUA